GACUUGAGACGUGCGUCGCUGGGGCAGGAUGCGUGUGCCAUCGGACACCGGUGAAAGAACGGGCCAUGCCCGGGGGACGACGCCAUUUCCACGACUGUCAUGGCGGCCGGUUUCUGCAGGCUACUGCUGUUGUCCGUGCUCCCGUGGUUGUCUUCGGCGAAACCCGCGGCUGCUAAUAUCUACACAGGUUCCGUCGACAUACCAGAUGUCAUCGAGGGGGACAUCUAUAUGCCACCCAUCACAUCGGUUUCCGACCUGCGUGCGAGAACGAAGGAGACUCCCCUGUGGCCAGGAGGCAUAGUUCACUACAUCAUCGACGACGCUUUCGAUUCGUGGGAGAAAGAAGAGAUCCUCAGCGCCAUGCAGCAGAUCGAGUCCGUCUCGUGCGUCCAGUUCAGGGAGCGUGCCGACGAAGAAGGAUACAUCCACAUUUUGAGCAAGCAGGGGCGAGUGUUCCCGCGUCUCCUUGAGUGCAAUGAUUAGUAGCGCCUCGAGAGGAAUGUCUACAGGCGACCGCUAAAUCGUGUAGGCCUUGAACGACCCAGGGUUGCUCUUGCGACUUUCUG